ACUUUUUCCGUCCCUGAAAAAGAGGCGAAAAAAAAAAUUGAAGGGUUGGUUGAGCAAAAUCUAAGCCCUACAGCUUCUCCGAAGCACAGCCUGCUUCGGUUUGGUCAACACUGGGUGGGAGGCCAGGGAACACGUUGUGCUACAGAAGUGACAGGUUCCUGCAGCCCCCUGCCCCGAGCUAGUUCCCCGUGACAGAAGUCAGGGAACACGCUCAGGGGACCCACAGUUGCUGGAGAUGCUGGGGAGCUUUCCACAGCGGGGUUAGCUUUCAGUUUGGGACUUCAGGAUUUCGUGGCUGAGUGGCAGCUCUUCCACCUGCCCCCGGCUUCAUUGUUCUCCAGCUCCUUGGUUCGCCUUGCGGGUUUAUUUCCGCUGGCAGCUCUCCAGUUCUGGCAAACAUUUUCCUCCACUUGUUCCCAGGGAGGACAGCACAGAUCGCUGCUCGGGAACCACUACCAAAAAUCUGUCCUCAUUGCCUCUUCCACCCUCCAAAGAGUGUUGCUGUGCCUGGUCCAGCACCUGCUGAAUUUCCCUCUGGAGGCAGCUUCAUUUUCUCGGUGGCACGAAAAUAAAGUGGUUCCUAGUCACACUUUGUGUUUCUGCAUGUGCAGCAUGCGAUCUUUUGGGACUGUAGAUGCUUCCCUAACUGUGAGCUCAUUAAUGACAUGGUUGCUGUAGCUCAGAUCCUGGAGCUGGAAAGAAAGAUUGCGAGGCAAAACCUGAUAGCAACGAAGGUGAAGCAAGCAAACAGUAGCAAGUGGCUGCAAAACCAGAUUCAGACCCUGGAGAUGCGUCUGAACAAUGUCACCGUCCAUUUUGAUACCAUCCUGACCGCCAAUAACAAGUUCCGAGACGAGAUCGAAAACCUUCGAAUCCAGAAAGCCAUCCUGGACAACUUCUACGCGAAGCUCCGUAAGCACCUGGACCAGCAGAAGAGCAGGAUGGACGCCGCUGUGGAGCAGUCCACGCAGGCAUACGAGCAGCGGGUGGAGGCUCUGGCGAGGAUUUCAGCCAUGAACGAAAGGCACAGCAAAGACACCGCACAGUACAACAUCGAGGUGCAGGAGCGGGAGCGCAUCCGCGACCAGGAGAACAAGCUGAAAACGUUCGUGCUCGCCAAAUUCACGGAUCGCUCUGAAUUGGAGGAAGAGGCCAAGAAGAAAGAAGCCUUGAAGGCAGCCCAGAGGGCAAAGCGGAGGCAAGGAGAGAGCUUCGAGAGCCGGGAGGUGGCUUACAAGCGGCUGCUGGAGCUGGCGGAGAACGGGGACAUCGACCAGCUGGUGAACGGGUUCGUUGAAAAGGAAGGGAAGAACUUUGCCUACUUCAGCUACGCCACCGAGCUGAACAACGAGAUGGAGAAGCUGCAGCAGAGGAUCAAGGACCUGCAGAACGAAAUCAUGCUCUUCACAACCGACCAGGACAACGCGGAGAGCAGCAGCCUUCAUGUCCUGAAGGAGCUGGAGGAAAAGCUAAGCCAAACGACUGAGAAAGCCAACGAGUACGAAGAGAGAUGCAAAGAGAGCAGCAAAGUCCUGGGUCGGCUCAAAUCUGCCAUGGAGGUCCUGAUCAAAGAAAUCGAAUGCGAUGCCACGAAGAUCAAGGAGCAGCUUGGCGAUAAUGGGCAGAUCACGGACCUGAACCUGAUGCAGUUUUUCGCUCUCGUGGAGAAGAAGACCAACGAGCUCCUGCUGAAGGAGUCCAUCCUGCUCUAUCUGGAGGCCGACGGCUCGCUGACAUCCCAGACCUUCACCAACCCGCUGCUGGGCGGCACCGAGCUCCUGCGGGGCACGGACCUGAGCCGCUUCUGCCCGCAGCCCCCCGCCAUGGAGGGCGCCGACACCACCGACGCCUUCGAGGCGCCGCUGGACCACGCGCGGCUGCGCGAGCUGGUUCUCCAGAGCUGCGAGAGGGAGCGGGGCAGUGCCGGCAGCACGGGCAAGAAGACGAGAAACGACAUCCAGGCGUGAGAGCCUGGUGGUGCCGGAAUAAAUAAACAGUC